AUGCUGUUGGGAAAGACCGGAGCUGGCAAGCGCAGUGCGGGCAACACCAUCAUGGGAGAAGAUAGUUUCCGACAUCCUGCCGUUCACACGCCGUAGCCAAACACUGCGAGGUCAACACCAAAAUGAUCAUCAAGAAAAUAGUUAUCGUUACAGACACGCCAGGGAUUUGUGACAUGGACUGCGCCCCCGGACCUCACGCCUUCGUGCUGGUGUUGAGAGUCGGACGGUUCACCGAAGAUAAGUCUGUGGUGAAGAACAUAAGAAGCUGGUUUGGAGACGCUGUGUUAAACCAUACUGUCCUGCUCUUCACCCAUGGUAACGACCUAGAAGAAGGCAUGACCAUAAGGGACUAUUCAUCGGUCUUGAGAUCACAUAUUGAGUGUCUCGGUGUCGGAUACAUUUGUACUCGGUCUUGACUCGGUCUCGGACAAUGAGGACUCAUAAUGUCUUCCCGAGACCAGCGGAGUAAAAAAACGUAUAAUUAUUCCAUUCAGUCAGUGCGUAAAACCGCUUCGCCAGGCCAAAUAUAUACACUUCUUUCUUGAAACAUGAAUAUCUUAAAAGCCUUUAUAUCUAUUAUAGACAUGUUUGCGCAGUGCGAACCUAUAGGCCUUCAGUGUGUGACAGGUUCGUGAUUCUGAAAGGACAGCAACCGUAAUACCAGCGCACUCGUGUAGUUCAGUGCACUUUUUGUAAAACACGAAGGGCCAGUGGUGUACUGGAGGAUAUACGCAGGUAUAAGCCGUAUACCCACUUUUUUUUUUCAGUGGUCAUUGCUUAUACUCCCAUCUUAAUCCCUACUGAUGCAUAUCAAAGUAGUGUAGUGGAGGUAUACGACUUAUCAAUUACGUAGUACAAUAGAGAAAUCAUGCACAAAGUAGCCUACACAAUCGCAAAGCACGUGAAAUAUAUUCACAUGCGUGCCGCACACAGCCUAGUUUCAGCGGAAUAUCAUCUGCAGGCAGCAAGAGUGUGCAGCUCUUAACUGGUUUUGACAUCGGUAGGGUAGGAAAGACGUUUCAAUUUAUGAUAUCUACCAGUAAAUGCUAACUAAGGCAACAAUGGGUAUGCAAACCAGGUAUUGAAAAAGUUUAGUCCUAAGUGUUGGUUAGUAGGCUUUUUGUGAUGCGCAAUUGAAAUCAUGCGCUGAUUGCAUCAGGGGCUUCUAGAUGGAUGGGCCUGGGUGGACAGAGGCCCACCAACUGGGGAGCCAGGCCCUGACAGGCCCACCCAAUCAGAUUGAUGUGGUUUAAGUAUUGUUGUGGACAUAUUCCCCCCCCCCCAAAAAAAAAAAAAAUUGUGUGAUUUUGAGAGUGAAAAUCUGAAAAAUCUAAAGGAAAACUAAAGAAAACAUAGGAAAACAUAGGAUUUUUCACACUGAGUGCCUUUCCUUCGUUUCGGAAAUGGAAAAAUUAGAGCAUACCCACUUCUCCUGGCACCACUACACCACUGCAUAGGGCCGAUGGAAAGACAGCAGUCACAUACAGCAUGAUGUUAAAGAAUAAGCAGUCCAUAAACUUGGACAUAAUAAGCCAGCAGGUCCCAAUCAUAAGAAUACAAAAACACAACCAUUAUGCAUUUCCCAAUCGAAAUGUACAAGUAUUACUUGCCAUUGCAAAAACAUUUUACGUUUAGCACACCAAGUAACCAGUGACCUAAAGUUUAAAGUGGAACUGACAGCGUUUUAACUACUUUGCAGAUAUGAAACAAACAGACAAUCAUAAUAUCAGUAAAAAAUAUCUAAUUCCCAGUUUAUGCUUCAAAAAACAACUUUAUAAGAGGUUUUAAAAAUAGGUUAUAUUUGACUCAAUGUUCCGUGACAUACACUUAGGCAUUGUUGGCAGAAUAGAUGGAUGCAGUUCAAUGCAUGAUUAAUAUAAUUCACCAAAACAUUUAUUGGUAGUCCCAAAAAUAUUGCUAUCAUGUUGUAAAUCACAGCUGGCCUGGUACAAUGUUUGCUGCCUCCAUUCGGGAUACACUGUUUCAGUUUCAAUGACUCAAUAUUCUGGACAAAAACGGACAAAUGUAACUAAGGCUGGGAAUGUCAAUACAAUCAAACUAGCAAGGGCAAUGAUCACAAGUCAGUCAUAAUGUCGCUAAUAGGCUAGCAUAUCUAUUUAUGUAGCAAGCUAAAAACACGGAGCCUAACGUUAACUAGAUAGCUAGCUAGCUGCUAGGAAGAUGUCAGGCCAUUGGAGGAGUGGGUGAGUGACUGACUAUUUCCCCUCAUAUCGUUUUUUGGUGGCGAUACACAGCUAGUGAUGGUUAGCUAGCAAGAACUUGAACGACUGUUAUACAGUUAGCAUAUCUCUUCCGUUCGCAAAUUCACUCUGCCUAUUACUGGGGAUUUAUUAUUCUCCUAAAUUGAUGGGAUGACUAACUUAGAAAGAAUGCAGUCUUGACUGGGCUAAUGUAGGCUGUGACACCUGGCAAGGCUGUGAUUGAUGUGAAGAGCUGCUUUAGGGGGUAAAAAUAAGAUAAGGAUUGUGUCUUCAAAUGCUAGACUAUAAUAGUUAUUUGUGAUCUGUGAGCCUUCCUUUGACAUAGGAAUGAUGUCUAAGGGAGCUGGCUCUUCUCACUAUGAUAGGUUGUUAUGAUAAUCUUGUGCCUGGCUGAAGUGUGUAACAAAUGGUGCCGAGGAGAUGAGAGCAACCCCUGAAUCAACGGAUUGGCUGAGAAAGUUUAAACCACGCUCAAGUCUUUACUCUAAUUGGCCAGCAGAGAAGUGGGAAACUCCCUCUGUCAGAGUGUUUGGGUAUUGUUUCUGGAACAAUGUGUUAGUUGUCUGGGGUGUUCUGCGAGACAUCUCAGAGAGCCCGUAUAUACGAAACAUCAUAUUUACCAUUGAAGGUUUUUGCAUUAAUUAAAAUAACUAGUAUACCUUAGAAGUCGUGUUGACCUCUUUUGUUCCUAAUACCAGAUUUGAAUUGACGCGACUUUGACAAUUGGUGACCCCGACGCGGUCUGGUAGAAGGGACUUCGCUGGAUACUGUCCGGCCCAUUUGGUCAACUCUUUAAUCGAACCGUGUGUUUCACAAACUGGCCGGGCUUCUAAAAAGGUAAGCAGAUACCUGUUGUUAAAUAACCAAAGAUCUACACAUUGGCUUUAUCCAAAUUAAUUUUGUGAAACACCUGUCUGAUGUAAGUGAACUAAAUUAUGAAAUUAUUAUGAGUAGAUAAGCACAAUAUUGGGACGUGCAAACCUUUGCUAAAUGUGAUGUUUAAAACCAUGGUACCAGAGUGUUGAUUCUACUGGCAAGGUCCGCUAAGAGACGGCUAGGUUCAGGAGACAAUGCUGACAUCUACCGGCAAGGUCCGUAAUUGCGACAUACGGCUAAGGUUCGGAAGAUAUAGGGAAUAAUUGGUUUAAGUAAUUGCUAUCGGCAAGGUUCGUAACUACGACAGUACGACUAGGUUCGAAGAAUUACACCGGCAAGGUCCGUAACUACGAGGAUACGGCUAAGGUUCGGGAAAUUUUAGAUAUAGGGAAUAAUUGGUUUAAGUAAUUGCUAUCGGCAAGGUUCGUAACUACGACAGUACGGCUAGGUUCGAAGAAUUACACCGGCAAGGUCCGUAACUGAGAUACGGCUAGGUUCGGAAGAUUUUAGAUAAAUACUAGCGACUGGCAAGGUCCAUAACUUCGAGGAUAUGGCUAGGUUCAGCGGAGUAUUUUUUAAAGAUAGUAGAAGAGGCUGUGUGCCCAAAUAGAUUGUGUGUGGAACAUGGGUGUCAUUUAUGACUGUGUGACAUAUUUGACUGUAUGAUAGGAUUAUGACUGUGUAUUGUGAGUGAGGGCGAUAACUGUGUACUAUUUUUGCUGUGUGAUAACUGUAUACUACGCUUAACUGUGUACCAUUUUUGGCUGUGAAUACAAAUAAUAUUUUAAAACAGUAAAUAAUGAGAAUUACAAAUAGGAAAUAAGGUUUAAAUUGUGCAAACGUUAACAAAAGACACCCAUAGGAGGUACUAUAAAAAGUUAAACAGUGCGAGUGUUGUCGUAUGCAUGAAAGUGUGAAUGAUAAACCUGUAUACCUUGAUAGAAAACAAAUUGGGAAUCAUAAGACGUCUGUGGCUGUCCAAACUGUAUAAUUUGGGAAUAACUGUUGGAUUUGUGGUUGCUUAAACCAUAUAACCCGUUAAAAACAAUUGGGAACAUAAAGCUAAAGUGAUGAAUUGUGUGACUGAACUAAAACGUUUGAACAGAUACAUUUGAAAUAUAACGUUUGGUGUUUGAAAUAGCAUAAUACUGCUUUUGAAUAGUUGUGUCGAAACAAUUCGGUUUAGUAUUUGAUUUGAGGUUUGAUGUUUGACAUAGAAUAAUACUGGUUUUAGGUGCUUGGUUUGGGCUAUUUGGUUUAUUAUUUGAUUUAACGUUUGAUGUUUGACCGUGCAAAAUACUGGUUAAACAAUUAGACCGAAAUAAUUCGGUUUAUAAACGUGCACCAACUUUAACUAAUUAGGUGGGAAUUAUUUGAUUUAAAUAAAUGGACUGGAGUACUUUGAGUAACGGCGGAAUAUUGGAGGCGCGCUGGGACGAGAAGCAGCUCCUCACAGCUCCUCAAAAAGGUAGAGUUGCGAGGGGAGGGGCUGGAGAGAGCGAAAGUGUGGCUUUUGGAGCCAUGAAAAGACUGGGAGAUGGCUGGGAACGCAUGUGGGUAUCUGACGAGAGAGUGUUCUAAACUUGCUCACCGAGCGUAGACGUGCGUUGGGUGAGAAAGUAGAGAAUAUUUACAUUUGCGUUUUUGGUAAUUUGGCAGACGCUCUUGUCUAGAGCGAUUUAUGGGAGCAAUUGGGGUUGAGUGCCUUGCUCGAGGGCACAUCGGCAGAUUUUUCGCCUGGUCGGCUCGGGGAUUGUAACCGGCGACCUCUCGGUUGUUGGCGCGGCGCUAUUGGUCACUAAAACUGCCAGCCGCCCCAUAUGAGUUUAAGAUUGUGGCGUUGUUGGAUAAUGUGAUGGUGGAAUAACUAAGUAAUGUUGUUUUAGACGUAAUGUAUAAUAUAGUACAAAACAAAUAGAGGGUUAAAUUGAACUAAUUAUCAUGGUAGAGCUAACGUAGUACAGUGAGGGAACUUCAUUUUGUGUCAGAGGGUAAGAUGAGAUCAUUAAUGGUACUAUUAGUGGAAAUCUAUUUAUCAUUUCAAGGCAUGGAGUAACAAUCUGCAUUUAUGAGUGUAAAUUCCACGGCUGAUGUGUUGAUUGAAUGGGUACGAUGGAGUAUUUGGUUUGGUAAUGUUGAAUGGACUAUUUGUAGCGUGUUUAUGGGUUAAAUAGAAAAACUAAAUUAUACAAUAGGGAAUCAAAAGGAGAGAGAGUUUUUUGCUGAGGUGAAAGCUACUGCGAAUUUUCAUUUGGUGACGUCACUUACUCUAUGAGCUGGGGAGUAGUUACUUGAGAGCAUCGCAGAUGGUGUGAAGUGACUGGCGAUGUCCCUGGUUCGAACACAGGUAGGGACAGUAGACAAAGCUUUCGCAGUGGGGCUAUAUACCUAAAUUACUAUGUGGAUUGAGAAAUGUGAAAGAUUGAAUUAGAUAGCUUAAAUAGAAGUAUUCUAGAAAAGUCUAUGAAAAUAUGUUAUAAGGUUACCAUGCGCUCUCCCCGAAGGAGCAAGGGGAGGGUGAGAGACAGUAUAGUUCAGAUGAUAAGAAUGUCAUUAAGCGUAUGCUGACCAACGAUAGCAAGUAUUUGUUUUAUUAAUUAGGGCAUAAUCAGAGAGAACAGUUAAAUACAUUGAAUAGCGAACUGAAAUGGGUUAGCGGGAAAAUACAGAAUAAUUGGACGAUUUUAAAACGAUAAUUUAUUUUGGUUAGGAUGAAAGUAUGCAUUGGCUGUUGUGCUGGGGAAUAGCGCCAGCCUGUAGUGGGUUAUGGAUUUGUUACAUAAACUUAUAUUUUAAAUUAAAAGUGAUGGAAUAGGCUACAGUUAUAACAUUAUCAGAAAAAAGACACAAUUUAAUGUGAAAUAGUUAUUACAAGUAUUAUUGAUAGUUAUUACAGUUAUUAUCAUUGAUCCAGUAAUGAUAUAAGGAUAGUAGAGGAAGGCAGGGGAUUUAAUCUCAUUUAGGGAAGUUAUAUUAGGAAGAAAAUACCAUUAAAUGAGGGAACAUUUGAUGUAACGUGAUUGUAUUGGCUAAAAACUCAAAUAUGACAUUUACAGGGAGGACAGGAACAAUAGAAGGGAAGACAGGUUUUCCUAGGGGGUUGAAUAAAUAAUUGAUAAAUUGAUCAUUUGAGAUGAGAUCACCAUGUAGCAGAGUUAGGGUAAUCAAUUAAAUAAUCAUUGUAUACUCGAGGAAUUUUGAGUGGUUUAAUGGAUUGUUAGGAGGAAUUAGAAUGAUACAAACAAUUAUUGAUGGGUUAAGACUGGGAAUAUCUAUCAUGUUUUGGUGUGUACUACCAUCUUUAGAUUAUAACUAGGAGAAAGAGAUUUGCUCAUCUCAGUUAGGCAGUAUUUAGGUCAUAAAAGUGAGCUAUCAAAUUGAGUGAGGCCUGGCUAUUUGUGAUUGUUGUUUUUUCAAAUUGGGUUAAAAUGGGUUCACAGAGCCAGAGGCUGUACAGAGAAAGGUGGAGCCCCCAUGUUGCCCUAGUGAAAGAACAUUCAGAGGAAUGGUUAACACUAGGUAAAUGGAUAAAACAGGGGGAAAACAUUACUGACUGGCAGAAUACACCCAAAUGGGGAUCAGUAUGGCCACUCCACUGGGAGAUAUAGAAGAAAGUUAAAUUGGAGAGCAAAAACCCAGCCCAGUGUCCAUCUGGAGAUAAGUUUUUAACGGAUGACAGGAAGAGAUUUUCUUAACUCAGGAACAGGAGGCUGAGUUAGAAGCAAUUCCGUUCAAAUUAUGGUCACAAGGAGAACAGAUGUAGGACUAAUUAAGGGGGUAGCUCCAGUACAAGUGAUUCCUCGAUUCGAUAAUAGACCAUACCAAAAGCAAUAUACUAUGAAACCAGAAGCAAUAAAAGGGAUAACACCUACAUUUAAGCAUUUACUUAAGGGAGGGGUGAUAAUUCCUGGAGAUGAGGUACAAUGAACUCUCCAAUAUUUCCUGUUAGAAAGGAGGCACCUAGCGCCGACUGGAGGAUGGUCAUGGACUUGCAGGGGGUUAGUAGAAAUAUCAUUGCUGAAAUACAUUGCUGAACCAAUUGAAACCAGAGAACUCCUAUUUUACAGUGAUAGAUUUAGCUAAUACUUUUUUCAGUAUCCAAGUUCAUCCGGAUAGUCAGGGGUGGUUUGGCUUUACUUUUCAGGGAAGGAAAUGGACUUAGGCUAGGAUGCCUCAAGGCUACUCGGAAAGUCUUACAAUCUUAGCCCAGGCUAUAACUAAAAAUUUGGGAAAGUUUGAACAUAGGGAAGGACGCAAAUGUUAGUUUAUGUAGAUGAUAUUCUAUUGGCUAAUCCCACUCAGGAGGGAUGUAAGAGGGAUACAAUCCAAUUGUUAACCUUCCUGGCAGAACAGGGACACAAAGUGAGCAAAAAGAAACUUCAACUUUGGUAGAGCGAGGUCAUUUACCUAGGACACACUAUAACACAGGAGGGGCGAAUGUUAAAACUCAUCCAGGAAAAACUGCUAUAUUUGAAGCGCCAGAAACCGUUAAAACAAAAAAACAAAUGAUGAGCUUAUUGGUAAUGAUAAAGUGCUGUAAAGUUUGCGUACUCCAUUAUGUACUGCAUACGAGUAAAUUAAGUGAUCUUAUCUAUGGGAAGGCAAUGGUAGCCCAUGGUAAAGUAAUUUGGAACUCUAAGGAGGCAUACAUACAUCAGGGAUGUUAUCCAAAUGGUAGAGAGUUACGAGGGAUAUGACAUUGGUAGUGAUUUAAAGAUGAUGAAGUUUUUUGGUGGGCUAUUAGAUAUAACUGGGUUAAUCAUGAACAUAAAGAUUUUUAUUCUUUGUUGCUAGACAGAAGACUUAGGUGACUUAAAAAAUAGACUUGUCAUGUCCAACAAUUAGUCUUCAGGUCAAGCCCGGGAGAGCCUGGGUAGAACAGAGUUUGAACUAAACAUAAGUGUUUUUAGAAGAUAAGAGAUUGAUUGAUUGGAUUACUAAUUGAUUCUGAACUGGAUGAAAGUUGAAUUUAACUGCCAUUAAAAGACAAAGGAAGUGGGAGGGAGCAAUAAAGAAGCAAAGAUAAUCCCAAAAAUGAAAGGCAUGGCAAUAGGAUGAUAAAUUACAUAAGGAAUGGUUUAGAAAGGUAAUAUUGACACAUGGGCAAAUCAUGUGUCAAAAAGGGGGAGUGAUAGGAUUAAAUAAUAAUGAUAGGAUUAAAUAAAUAAAAUUACUUAAAAAGAAAAAAACAACAAUAGAAAUUGAGAGCUCAACAUGUAUGUGUGAAGAUAGUGUUAUUAACCACACCCGUAUGUCAGAGGUUUUGUGCCCCACAGGUGAACUAAAGGAGAAGGUGACCCACUCUAUCACACCAGGAGACUGGGUGUGGAUUCCAGUCCCUAAAAGAAGAAAAACUGGAAGCAGGCUGUUGGGAAGGGCCCUAUCAAGUCCUAUUAGAUCCAUCUGGGUGCAUGUCACCACACUGCAAAAAGGUAAACCCAGUUACACCUGAUGAACAAACACAGAGUUAGGAGAAAGAUCCGAUCACCAUUAGGGCUCGGGGGUUUGGCUCCUUAACGAAGAUUCCCUUACCCUGUCUGAUCAUCCCUGUGUGAGUUUGUAGAAGGUGAAGUAAUGGGUUGGCGUCUGACUGUUCUCAGGGCAAGGGUGGGGAUUCAACAGGUCUCCUGACGGUAGGUAGCUGUCUGAUUGUGGGGGCCAUAUUCCUAACACACUCAAACCCUUCUGAUCAGCCAAAAGUAGUAGUAACCUAAAACAAGUUGAUAAAAUGAUACCUGAGCACAGUCUAUGAAGGCAUAGGAGACAGCUAGACGUAGGGAAAGGGGAAGAUUAGGGACUUUAGGGGAGGACAUCACUGUAUGUGUGUCGCCGUGUACAUCCUGGGACUAUGUAGUUGCUCAUGUCGAGAGCGUGGGGGAUAUGUAAAUCUCCAUACACAGUUUGGGGGACAGGUGUAGUGUUGUGAGGGUAGGGAAUUACCAGAAAUGGCAGUGUGACCCAUAGAAGGGUAGGUACUGUCUGAAAGUCUGAAGUACGCAAAAACAGGUUACAGACCUGACAAGUGAGAUAUCCUCUUCAACUGGGGCACCCUAUAGAGUUAAACCUCUCUGAGGGAGGUAGUGAGACAGUGCAACCUAUAGACCUGAAGAAAGUAGGACAGGUGGAGACGGGGGUUGUAGGAAUCUUGACCGGUGGUUGGAAUGGAUUUAGUAUACGGCAAGAAACUAGGUCUAAAGAGGACUGUUAUGCCUGUGGGACAGCCAAACCAAGGUUAACAACUACUCCGUUCCCCUUGACAGGCUUUGACUCUCUGUCAGGUUUAUCCUCCAUACAAGCCACCUGGGAAUGUGGUGAAAGAGUCUUGUAGUAACUUGAACUAUCAGUAUCCCCCGAUAACAAAGUCAUUCCGACCUAGGUUGCCUACGUUUGAAGUCUCAGGGGAUUCUAAUUGUUAUUCUAGGACUAGUAAGAUAGGAUACAGAGUAGGGCAUCUUAGCUCUGCUCCUACACAGAGAAUAUCACAACUGAAAGAGAACAUGACUAAUCUCUCCUCUUUGUUGCAGCCAGAGGAUUGUAGGAACUAAAACCAGGCCCGUGCUGACAUCUGAUGGUUGUGUGGUGAUAACUGAUUGUGAACUCAACUACAUAUGUAAACAAUCAAACGUGUCAGAGACUGGUGAGUUGUCAAGUAGAAAGUAGGACCUCCUCCCGGGAUCCUUUGAUGAAAGGAUCCUGUGAUGGGAUAGGAGUACCUCGAGGGGUUCCAGAAAAAUUCAAAGCUAGGAAUCAGAUCGCAGCUGAGUUUGAAUCAAGUCUUUUUUGGUGGUCAACAAUUAAUAAAAACGUAGAUUGGAUAAAUUAUAUUUACUAUAACCAGCAAAGAUUUAUAAACCACACUUGUGAUGCAAUAAAGGGAUUAGAUGAGCAGACAGUGGCAACUAUCUUAAUGACAAGGCAGAAUAGAAUAGCUUUAGAUAUGCUUUUGGCUGAGAGGGGCGGAGUUUGUGUUCUGUUUGGAUCUAUGUGCUGUAUUUUCAUCCUCAAACAAUAUAGCACCGGACGGGUCAGUGACAAAAGAGCUUCAGGGGAGUAACUACACUGACGAACAAACUGGCUGAGAGAUCUGAUAUUGAUAGCUCCAUAAACGGUUGGUUUGAUAACAUAUUUGAUAAAUGGAAAACUAUUGUUGUAACUAUUCUGGGUGAAGUUAUAGCCUCUAUGGGUAUACUUGUACUUUAUGGAUGUUGUCUUAUUUCCUGUGUCUGAGGUUUGGUGAGAAAGGAGAUGGAGAAGGUGAUUUCCCACAGAUGGUGAGAUAAGGCCCAAUCCUGGACUCCAACCUAGGAAUGGAGGAUAUGACCUACCAGGCUUGGUGGAGUGACACUAGAGGGUGUCUAAAGGGGGCCAAAAUAUACUUCUCUGUUUGUGUUUUAUGUUUUAAUAGUCUUAUGUUUUGUGUUCUAUUAAUCCUGUGUUUUAUGUUUUAUUAAUCAAGUUAACCAUGUGAAUGUUUGUCUUUUCUUAUGUGAUGGUUUGAAGUUCCUUGGUGACUGGUAACAAUUUGCAAGUGGGGUGUAGAUGGACUGAGGGUUUGAAUUUUUUAGUAUCAUUAUGGCCUAUUAAUAAAAGUGUGAUUUUUUGUUUGUAUUGUAUUAUAAUGAAUGACAAUCUGUGUUUUCUUAUUUUUUGAAUCACACCUUAUGAGGUGUGAAAAGGGGGACUAUUGGGGAUGUAUUAUUCUCCUAAAUUGAUGGGAUGACUAACUUAGAAAGAAUGCAGUCUUGACUGGGCUAAUGUAGGCUGUGACACCUGACAAGGCUGUGAUUGAUGUGAAGAGCUGCUUUAGGGGGUAAAAAUAAGAUAAGGAUUGUGUCUUCAAAUGCUAGACUAUAAUAGUUAUUUGUGAUCUGUGAGCCUUCCUUUGACAUAGGAAUGAUGUCUAAGGGAGCUGGCUCUUCUCACUAUGAUAGGUUGUUAUGAUAAUCUUGUGCCUGGCUGAAGUGUGUAACAAAUGGUGCCGAGGAGAUGAGAGCAACCCCUGAAUCAACGGAUUGGCUGAGAAAGUUUAAACCACGCUCAAGUCUUUACUCUAAUUGGCCAGCAGAGAAGUGGGAAACUCCCUCUGUCAGAGUGUUUGGGUAUUGUUUCUGGAACAAUGUGUUAGUUGUCUGGGGUGUUCUGCGAGACAUCUCAGAGAGCCCGUAUAUACGAAACAUCAUAUUUACCAUUGAAGGUUUUUGCAUUAAUUAAAAUAACUAGUAUACCUUAGAAGUCGUGUUGACCUCUUUUGUUCCUAAUACCAGAUUUGAAUUGACGCGACUUUGACACUAUCAACUCUGAUUUGAGAGCACUGUCGUCUGAGUGUGCCAGAGUGCAGAACAACUGAUCAAUUUACGAACGUGCAACACCUGCUGAAUAUGACCGGUGUCAGUAAACAUAAGCAAAAAGUAAUAGUUAGUCAAGAACGCUCUAGAUAACAUGUAAACAGCCUAACCAGCUCUGCUAUGGUGAGUAAAAUGGUCAGAGUGUAGCUGGAAGUAGCUAGCUAGCAAGCUAGCCAACAUUAGCCAGUUAGCUUGGGUGCUUGGUUGGGACAAGCAUGCAUUGGCAGUCAAGCUACAGAAGGACGAGGAGGCUACAAUUCCCCAUCAUUUAUCAGUGACAUUUUUAUGGCCAACUUGCUGAAAACAUUUGAGAGGGUGUCGUAUCGGGUGAAUGGUGGCAAUUAUUGCUGAUAAACAAAGGAGUCCGCUCAUACUGAACUUUGAUCAUAAGGUUUAUUCAGAUCACAAGCUUCAGCAUAAGUGACAGGUGACAUGCCCACCCGGAGAGCGACGCCUCAGAAUGGCCGCUCUGCCUUCUCCUUCGUUUAGCCCCUACUUAUAAACAAUGCAAAAAGAUGGGCUCCCUCUUCUGGCCAAUCACCAGUCUCCCCUGUCUACAACACACUUCCUGUCUGUUGUAUGUGGCGUUACACUAAAACAUUCCCUCUUGAUACUAAAAUCAACAUUCUUUCAGUUCCACUUAAAAACAUUUAACAAAAGCAUAAUCCCAAUACACGACAUUUCCCCCCUUCGAGACGAACAGUCUCGAAAACAAACAGAAUAGGAUUAUGACAAGUAACAAUUUAUCUUAUUGAGUAUCUUUAACAUUAAACCAAAAACAUUCUUCUCUAGAGUGUAAAUACCUUUCUAUGAAAUAACUGUUUAUGAAGUGUGAAUACAUUACUAUGAAAUAUGAACAAAUCUUUAUGGAGUGUAAGAGCGAAAAACUGUCCGGCAACCUUCGUUCCAAAUCCAUCCAUCAAUCAAGACAGUAAAAUUCUCUCACGGUCCCUCUGCCCCAGGCAACCACCUAGAUACUCCCAAAUAAACUCAUAAACCAUGUAAAUGCAUUUGAAACUAUGAUGCAAUUAAAUACACAUGUAAGCCCCUGCAAACAAAAUCCUAUCCAAAAAAUAUCCACUCUAAGGCUGGUCAACCCAUUGGACCCUAUAGUGGACCUCUCCCUGCCUAGACUCCCUGUCCCUAAGCAUUCACGAAAUAAACAAAAACAUCUAAGAUCCUCACAUGUAUUCAAUAACAUCAAACAUCAUUCUACAAAAAUGAAUACCUAAGAAUAUGACACAAUUAUGUAUUAUACAUCAAAUAUGUCUAUAUUUCAUUGCAGACACUGGAAUGUAGCCCACUACACUUCAUCUCCCCGUAGUCUCCUCUUCCAAUGGAUUGUUGAUGAUGGAAUCGGAAUCUUUCCACCCCUCCUUGUUUCAUCUCCUCCAGUCAUAUUGUCCUUUUAUAUUGUCCUUGUUUGAGUAUUUCAAUCUCCACAUGUCCCCCAAAUGCUUCUGGAAGAAAAGGAAAGACCAAACAGUAUCUUUUGCAAAACAACACUUUCAAAUUAAACAUCAAGAUCAACUAAGAAUAUAAAAAUGAUAUAUAAAUGAUGCAUGAAUCACAUUAAUGAUAGAAUAAUGAACUAGGAUAAUUAUUCAUUCAUACACUUCCCCCCUUUGAUUCAUAAAAUCAUACCAAAAUCACCCUAAUAUUGAAAAAAAUUGAAAAAUGAUCAAAUAAUCAAAAAGGAUAUUUAUCUAUUCAGUUCUACUUGUCCAUCUUCCUCCAGAUCAGGAACAGUCAACACCGGUAUCUGAGUGUUGUCUCCAGGCAUCACUCUCCAACCUAUCUCAAUAUCAUAGCUUUCUCAAAGGUCAGUAACAAAUUACAAACAUCACACACAGUGCUAUCAAAGCUGCCAUUAAAUGUAACCCAUCACUGCCCCUACUGGCCUACCUGAUCUUGCAACCAAGUCUUCGCUGACUUCCGCUCCUUCAGAUCUACUAAAUGCAUCCCUUAUAUUCUUCAAUGCAUAUAUAACCCUAGUGAUAAUAUCUGAGCUAUCUGGACUCAAAGUAUAACUAACAUUAUCAAUAGGAUCUUCCCAAAUGUUACACCAUACCAUGGAAAAAGUCCCUAAUCUUCUCUCUUAGAUUUAUCCUUCAAUGAUAGGCUUGAAGACUAUGACAUGUAGCCAUGUCUCUUUUCAUCCUAUUUCCAACCCUAGAUUUAUCUGUGUCCGGUGGUACCCCUCUUUUAAUGGUAGAAACCUCAUAUGGAAGCUUCAACGUCGACAUGUAACAACAUCCUGUCCAUCCAUAGGGUAAGAAUAUAUAUGCUUUAUCACCACAAACCCUCAAAAUAUCUCUAAAAUGUCCCAUAGUCACAUUGUCAGGCAAAAGCUAAUCUUUUAACCAUCAAAGUCCUGCUCUUCUUACUACCUGGUACAUAAAAAGUAACAUAUUUCUCAUUACUACCCUUAAGGUCAUGCAUACCCAAAGUUAUCAUAUAACAUCACAAUCUGAUAUUCCCAUAAACAUACCCCUUACCUCAUAUGUUUUAUUAGAACCAAACAACUUUUAGCCCUCAAUGGUUACACCUCAAAUGCUUCAGGGUUUGCUGUUACCUGAUUUUCUUUCCCAUCUAACAAAUGCACACAAGUUAAUUCACUUAACCCAAUACCACCUAACCCUAGUCUUAAACAAAUGUUUUGACAACGACAUUAUUUUAUCUGUUACUGAUUGUUGUUGAUACCACCGUCAUGACAAAGCAUAAGAUUGACACAUACUUGAUAGAGGUCGAACCCCACGUGUCUAACAUGUUUGGUGCUGGAAUUCUCACCAGACAUGGACCCUCAAGAUUCCUCACUGAUCUUACAGAAUGAGCUGCUGGAACCUGCCCAUCUAUCUCUAAUUUUCACAACAGAAGAAUCAAACCACUCCCUUUAGUUUCUCUCUUCCCUAACGAGCGGUACUGAUCAGAUACCUCUCCUUGUCUGUCAUUAAAAUCAAAGACCUCAUCCUGUACCUCCAUGAUGAAUCUAUAUUCUCUCUACUACUAUCUGUUCUCCUAUUUUAAUCCUAUUCGUACUAUCAUUGACAGCACUCUCCAUCCGUAACAUAAACCUGAGUCCUUCUUGCUACCCCUUUAAUUUCAGAAAAGUUGUUGUCGGUGUCAUACUUCCUACAUUUGCUAUUGCCAUCGUAUCAUUAAUCCCUUCCAAAGUUACCAUUAAAGUAGUUGAUUUAGCUGAUGUAUUAACCUUAAUUAUUUCUAGUGGCAAAGUUACCAAUAUCCUAUGUGCAUUAUUUACUGUUGGAGUGACUACUGUAACAUAUUCUUCCUGACCUCCUUUGAUUAGGUGCAACAGCUUCUACUCCUGGUCCUGAUAACAAUACUUAUUCUCCAUAAUUAUCUCUCCAUGUGGGAGGAACGUCCCCAUCCUAACCCUAAUAAGUAUUUUUCCUCUAAAAUUGGUGCUGGAGCUAUUGGUUCCCUUAUAAUCAAAUGCGAUAUAUUUAUGGCUUUAAUAACUAUCAAUGUUGAAAGAGUUAAAUUGCUUCUCACUGUUGUUUUAAUAGACUGAAGUGUUAAUGUCCUUAUUGUUACUUCAUCCAUUUUCCCCAAAGAAAAGUUGUCUUUGCUUGUACUUCCAUCUAUCACCACUAGUGUCACUUUUUCCCAACUCUCAGUCCUAUCUCUAAUCCCUGACUUUCAAACUUUUGAUUAUAAAAAAUACACCUAUAAUUACCUUGAUCUCCCUACUCUAAAGUGUCCUUCACCACUGUUCUCUCUCUCUUACUACUAACUUUGAAACUUAGCUUACUGUCUUAGAGUUCCUUCAACCUAGUUCUCCUAACUUUUUAAUCUAAUCUUUUCUCCUAACCUUUAAAAACCUUUUCCCACUGAUUUAUUCACAAAAUCCCUUUACCACCAAAUUUUAGAAUAUGUGAUUGGGAAAGUCCCCACCUGCUUCUGACUUCUUUACACACAGACUUGGCAAACGACUAAACACCUUUUAGCCUAGCCUGAAAUCUCUUGGUGUAAGAAUGUAACCCAGAAUAACAGUCACCCCUUUUAACUUUAUUUUUCAGACAGAUUGUCUAAUAGGCAGUCUAAUAGAUUAUCAUCCUUCCUAUGAUAUGAUCUUUUUAAGCCAAUAUGAUUCCCAAAAACCCUAUUCUCAAAAUCCUCUACCAGACAGUCGUCUAGUGUACAUCUUAUUGUACAAUUCAAUUUAAACAAUGCAUCUCUUCCCAACACUGCAAUAGGUAUAUGCUCUAAUAUUAGUAUGUCUAUUUUAAUUUCUCCUUGAUUUUUUAUAGCAUAGCUCAAUUGGUUCCCUAAGAGUAAUUAACUGUUUUACUACCUCAACUCCCUAUCCUAAUUAGUUCAUUUUACAUAGUGAGAUGUUUAACCUCUUUAGGCUGAACACAGAUAAGUUUUUCCACUAUUCACUAUCACUUCUCAUAGUCCUCUGGUUUUUACUUCAAUUGUUAGAUAUUUUCUUAUUCUCUAAUCGAUACUAUCAGCUGACACCCCCCUUCGUAUCUUCUAGGCACUCUAGAAUCCUUAGGAUUCACCUGGAGAACAGGUGAUCUUGACUGGCCCCUGUAUCUUCCUUAAAAAUGUUCUCUGUUGUUUCCUCCUGACUUGUUGCACUCACAGGUAAAGUGACCAACCUGUCCACAAUUAUAACAGUCUUCUGAAAGUUGCUGGAAGUGUAGCUGAAAUCUUCCUCCUCCUUCUAAGCCUUCUCGUCCUCUUCCUCUCCAAUUCUGUGUCUGUCCAGAAACUGGCUGUGGAUAUGGAACACCUGGUACCCCCCUUGGCUGGUACAAUUGCAUUUGAUAUUGUUCAGUUGAAGCUGUAACAGUGAUUGUUGAUUUGGUUCACUCUGAUUCUUCAUAACCAAAGCUUCUCUUCUCCUUCUUCUUCUCCAAUUCUUGGGAUCCUUUUCUCAGCAGUUUCUCCUCUUCUGUAUCUUCAGCUGUAUUACUUCUUCUAAACUAUUUGCUUUAUCCAGGCAUGAUAAACAUCGGUCUAUAUCUCUAUUUCUUCUUUGCUAGUCAUUGUAGGAUAACCUCCUUUUGAAUACACAGCACCUUUAGUCUCCUCUUUAUCGCUGUCUUCAUCUGAACUCGAACCUCAUUCUUCUCUUAGUUUCCAGACAUCUCGGUUUUUCUUCCUUCUGGAGUUUUGGAUUCAUCUUUCUUGUCGUUUCUGCUUGUCCUCUAUCUAUUAUUCAUCUUCAUCUCUGAUGCAACAAUCACCCUCCUGGAUGAUCCCUGGAAGCUGAGGAUAAACAUCCCUAAGCUCUACUUCCUUCUCGUAAGGUGGGUGUCUUUUCGCUGAAUCCGUAUGUGAGAAAGGUGUACUAACUUCUGCCAUUAGUUUUUCUGUCGCCUUUCCUAUAUCUUUGUUUAUCUUAUCGCUGGAAUCUUUUAUCAGUUUUUGUUUGAGAAUGAAGGGCAACUUUUGUUUGACUUGCCGGAUAACCUAGCAAUACUUUAGUUAAAGGAUUACCAUUUUGUAUUAUAUCAACCGGUGUAAUGACUUUUUAUAGCCUUGAUGUCGUUUUUCCCCAUUGUAACAACCCUUUUAUAUUCCUUUAUCAUGAAUUAUCUUAUUUUAGACUAUAUAGCCUAUGGCUUCCCCCCUUCAAUUAUUAAUAUAACCCAAACAACCCAAAAAAAAAAAAAACAUUUUUAUUUUAUUUUAAUCGUCUUCUAAUUCAAUUUAUUAUAAUCCGUCAACAUAUCUCUCUCAUUUAUCAAUUCAAUAGGUCACAAAACAAGUUUCAUCUUUAACCAACCGCCGCUUUACAACUAGAAUACUCGUGUCCAAAUAUCUCUUUGUCUGUGUGUUUCUCUGUCUCCCCCUGCAGCCCCCAACAGAAAUAUGACCCAUUAGCAAAAACGUGUUGUAGUUUAGUACCGUAAACCAAAACGUGUCCUAAUCUCGUGCCAUAAACUCCAACUCCCACGUUUUGUAGUGUAGUGUCAUAAAAUUAAACGCAUGCGCAAAUGCAUUCAAUGAUACGAUUCCCAGACAAUAGAACGAUAGCAUUACGCUACAGCUUCACUAUUUUAUACCUUAUACUCACACAAUUACACAUAACAGAGCUCACAUUUGCGUAGAACUUUGAAUUCUACACACACAUACAUAUUUUAAGAGGCUUAGUCCAUCGCAAUGGGACCUCUAAGGAUACGUUAGCAUGUAACACACAACACAAUUAGCAUUUAGCAUUAGCCGCUAUGUACCAUGUAGCAUGAAACCCAAUCCAGCAUUUAGAAUUAGCCUUAGCCUUUAGCUAACUGCGGCCUACCACGCCCUAAGUAACCUUGCAUUGUGCCCAAAUCAUUGUCCAUAUAUCACCUGCUAACUUUAUGGUGCCGUAAGUUCUGGAUAAUCAUAUGAGCGGUUACCCCAAACGAAUAAUCAGUCGACUAUAAGAUGAGCAUAACAUACAUAUCAUCGUCCACCUCAUGGUUCCCAGAACCAACCUGACACCACCCUAGUGCGUUGCCAGGAUUUUAUGGCCCACUCCUAAAGAGUCGCCUCGUUUCGAGGUCUUUCCAGAUUCACAAUGCUCUAAUAUUGCAUAUACGUAUCUACCUUACUUUAUUCUGCCAAUAUCUGCCGUUAAUAUCUGCCUUCAAUUGCUGUACAAUUUUAGAAUAAUUAUUCCCAGACUCCUAGUCAACAGCAAUAACGCCACACGAGGCACGGUCGUAAUGGUACAUUCCUCCAGUGUACAAUCACAUAGCAUCCAACCUAACAAGCUCCAAAGCGGUAAGAAAAACUCACCCUUGUCUGGCCAUGGCUUCAAAGCGAGUUAGCCUGGCGGCUGAAUGAAACAAAGGAGAUUUGCAGACCAGCCCCACGUUGGGCGCCAUUUGUCGUAUCGGGUGAAUGGUGGCAAUUUUUGCUGAUAAACAAAGGAGUCCGCUCAUACUGAACUUUGAUCAUAAGGUUUAUUCAGAUCACAAGCUUCAGCAUAAGUGACAGGUGACAUGCCCACCCGGAGAGCGACGCCUCAGAAUGGCCGCUCUGCCUUCUCCUUCGUUUAGCCCCUACUUAUAAACAAUGCAAAAAGAUGGGCUCCCUCUUCUGGCCAAUCACCAGUCUCCCCUGUCUACAACAUACUUCCUGUCUGUUGUAUGUGGCGUUACACUAAAACAUUCCCUCUUGAUACUAAAAUCAACAUUCUUUCAGUUCCACUUAAAAACAUUUAACAAAAGCAUAAUCCCAAUACACGACAAGGGUUUAUGCAAUGUUCCUUUGUUAGAUUUUAGCUCAUCGUGCUCUGGCUAACAUUAGUUGUUUAUCUUGUUGUUGUUAAUGUGCAUAACUGAGGGAGAGAGAGCCUACCAUUUCAUGGUUGUUUGAUCAAUAGGACUGUAAAGUUCCCAAAUGUAAGAGGACAUAUUUGCAGAAAUCCAUUCCGGUGUAUUUUUCUGGCUUUUGGUGAAUACAUUUUAAUGAUCUAAAGUCGCGCUGAUGCAACUACCUGUAAACACACAGUCCAGUUCAAAGUGAAUGCCCUGUGGCAAAUGGCUUGUUUAUAGCACACUGGUCUGUGUAGACUCCAGUUCUGGACAAGACAGAUGUUUCUAUUCGUUUUUAUUUACUGUAGUGUCUAUUAAUUGUCUAAACGCACGGCCGCUUUCCCAUUCUAUAUUGCUAUAGAAUUUUCACAAAUGCCUUAGUAUACAUAAUUCCCAAACAUUCUAACAAUUUAUGAAAACGUGAAAAUUGACAUAUCUAAGUGGUCACUUGUCAGAUAUGUAAAAAAAUAUAUGUCAUAUUCUUCCUGGGGGUGUAUAUGAACAGAUUUUAAUAAGAUUUCAUGUUGCUAAAAUGCUGUCAGUUCCACUUUAAAUGCAACAAUGUUUCACCCACAUAAGUUAUUUGCAAAGCGAUUGCUAACAACACCAAGCAUAAUAAAUGCAUAAAAUAAAGCAUGCAAUAAAAAACACAGCUCCACUCACCAGAUGAUGAUCAUUUGAAACUUAACUUCUUGUUGAAAGUUAUUCUUGAAAAGGAGAAGCUAACAAAUUAGCAACAAGAUCCUCUUUGAUAACACCUGCUGCAGCCGCUGCAAACUACCCGAAAACAAAAGCUAGCUAGCUAGACCAUGGGAAAACUACUGCUUGCUAUUGUGGAGUGACCAGUUCGCCUUCAAGAAGGCCUAAGUUUCCAUAUGUUUUUGUAAAAAUGGUCCCACUCAUUAAGUCAAAAUGUGAUUGGUUGAUUCCACUGCCACUCCAACAUUUAGCCAUAAUAUACUUCAAUGGCAGAUGCAUUUAUCUAGGUUCUGAUGGCCUAGCCAUUGGCUGAUUUAGCUAGCUAGAUUUAUCUCCCCAGAGACCAGCAAAGAAAAAUCCUGAUUGGAACUUUUUUUUUGCUAUUCAGUGUUAACACUUUCCUUUCCAACAAAAACUGAAGCGAUUAAAUCAGAACAUAGUUGAAAAUAAUAAUAUCAUUAUCAUUAUUACUAUAUUAUUUUAAUCAUUAUUUUACAAAUCCUUAGCCCUUCUCUGAAGGCAUAAAAGACCCAUUGUUCCCCACUGUAUUUGGGUUAGUAAUAAUUUGUAGAGUGGCUCUAUUUUCCAUCAGCAUGCAUUUCUUCACUAUUUAGAAUGUCUAAAGAAUCCAUAUGUUGUUCUGAAAUAUGAACACAUAAAUACUGGACAUUGUGAAGUGUUAUUAUGAUGGUAAUUUGACAACAUUACAAUCAUGGUAUUGAAUUGGACUCGCAUUUUUCUGGUCUCAGUCUUGACUUGGUCUCGGACCCCUUGUUCCCCUCCCGGUCUCGACUCGGUCUCACCCACCCCCCGCCCCCCCCCCCUCUGGUCUUGGUCUUGACUCGGACUCGAUUUGCUCAGAUCUUGGUCUUGAAUCGGUCUCGCUUUAGGUGGUCUCGAACACAACACUGCCAAAAAUAGAGAAGAAGUUUAGGCCCUGUACACAGCAGAGGACCUUGUUCCAGGUGCUGACUCUGGUUGGAACAACUGAGUAUUCAAACACGUAAAAAAUAAAAUAUUAUUAGAAAGACAAUGAUCAGCCUUGAUUCUUUUAUUUUCCCCCUCAAAAAUGAUCUAGACAAGGUAAAUUGUUGUCUCUCCAAGUGCGUCGUUUUUGUAUGUGUUUUGGAUAGUAGGUAAACAUACUGUACUAGAUUCCAUCAGUAGAGUCCAUUAAAUAUAAUGUAAUGUUUGAUAAUACCACAAGAGAGCAAUGUGGUCUUUGCAGAAUCUCAUACGCUCUCCAGUGCCUGGCAGGCCACUGCUGGAGAGGCUUUCGGAAAGCUCCCAGGUCUUUUGAGUUGAAUCUGUGCCUGAAAUUCAAUACUUGACCGAGGGACCUUAUAGAUAGAUGUAUGUAUGGGGGAUAGAGGAGAAGGGGUAGUCAUUAAAAACCAUGUCAACCCCUAUUAUUUCACACAGAGUGAGUCCAUAUAACUUAUUAUGUGAUUUGUUAAGCCACAUUUUACUUCUGAACUAAUUUAGGCUUGCCUAAACAAAGACGAUGAAUAUUUAUGCAACGACUAUAUUUUUAGUUAUUACAUUUUUAUUAAUUUGUAUAAUUUUCUUGUCACUUUGACAUUAUGGAGCAUUUUGUGUAGGCCAAUGACAAAAAAUUACAAUUAUAUAUAUUUAAAUCCCACUUUGUAAUGUAACAAAAUGUGAAUAAAAUGGUGUGUAGACUUUCUAUAGGCACUGUAAGUAUUCUUAUAUGGGUACUCCUGAAACCUAUAAGUAACAUAUACGUGGUAUACUAUAUGUCUUAUAAGAAGUAGGCCACAAUCAUACACAUGCAUAAAGAGCCAUAUGUUUUACUUACACUACCGGUCAAAAGUUUUAGAACACCUACUCAUUCAAGGGUUUUUCUUUAUUUUUACUAUUUUCUACAUUGUAGAAUAAAGUGAAGACAUCAAAACUAUGAAAUAACACAUAUGGAAUCAUGUAGUAACCAAAAAAGUGUUAAACAAAUCAAAAUAUAUUUUAUAUUUGAGAUUCUUCAAAUAGCCACCCUUUGCCCUGAUGACAGCUUUGUUAUAUUGAUAGGUGCGUGAAUUGGACCAUAUUGCUGUCCUGCCUGAGUACUUUUUGGUGCCAGGGAAAAUGUAUGGAAGUAAAAGGUACAUAUAUUCUUUAGGAAUCUAAUGGAGUAAAAGUCAAAGUUGUCAAAAAUAUAAGUAAUAAAGUAAGUACAGAUACCCCAAAAAACUACUUAAGUAUUAUUUCAAAGUAUUUUUACUUAGAUAAUUUACAACACUGCAUAUCUGUAAGAAACAUUAAUUACUGUAUAUACGAAUCAUACAUUUGUCUGUUUUCUUAGGAAUUAGGCUAUUUAUAAUUGACUUUAUAAACUUGGUAUAAAUCCUGUCCAUUUGGGAUAUAGUCAGUGCCUUUUGGGGGCCUUAAGUGAGAUUUGAUCAGGGGCCCCCACACCUCACGGGUAGAACAUCUUAGUUGUAUUGUGGCACACCUCGUUUGUCAGUGGCGGACGGCUCGCUUGGGUCUCUCUGAGCUCUUCCGUUGUCUGUUGUCAUCCACAACACACUCUUGCAGAUACUACAUUCUUCAUCGUCUCUGUGUCCUCCAGCAAAGUGGAGAGAACAAAGAGAGGGAAGAAAAGAGGGAUGGGGGGUUCAAAUUUACAGGCCGUGCUGGGGGACAUGAUACCUGUGCUGAAAGGCAAGUGGGCAGGCAUCACCGCAGACAUCUACAUGGGCCUCUGCCACUACUUCUUG